CUCAGAGAGCUUCCUUCAUUUACCACAACACUCAUAAGUGAAGUAGUUCCUCUACAGUCUUCAUCCUCCUUUUAUUAUCAUGGCUAGCAGUGGAGAUGUGAUCUACAUGAUACUGGAAGUGUUGAUAGCUGUGGGUUGCUGCGCGGGUAACGCGCUGGUGAUCUGGGCCGUGUGGAUGUGCGGGGCACUUAAGCAUGCCACCUUCUGUUUCAUCGUGUCCCUGGCCGUGGCGGACUUCUUGGUGGGGGUCGUGACCGUCCCUGUGUCCAUGCUGGUGGACAUCCAUGUGAAGACCUCCUUCUACAGCUGCCUGUUCAUGUGUUGUAUGGUGAUAGUGCUGCAGGUGGCUUCGGUGGCCUUCCUGCUGGCCAUCGCUGUGGACAGAUGUCUCCGUGUUUGUAUCCCCCUCAGAUAUAAGUGCACUGUCACUCGAAAACGCUCUUGGAUGGUGGUGGCACUAUGCUGGAUCGUUUCGACUGUGCUUGGUUGUAUCCCCAUGUUUGGCUGGCACAACUCUUUGGAUGGUACAACAAACUCUCUAAUGGAGUGCAGUUUCUUAACGGCUAUGCCCAUGUCAUUUUUAGUCAACCUAAUUUUCUUUGGAACUUUACUACCUCCUUUGGCUGUCAUGAUUGGCCUUUAUUUUCAUAUCUUUCUGGUCGCUAAAAAGCAGUUAAGAGCAAAUGUAGGUAUAUCUACUGAGUCCAGCACUUUUUAUCAAAAGGAAAGCAAACUGGCUGCCUCACUGGCUCUGGUCUUAGUUCUCUUUGCUGUUUGUUGGCUCCCUCUAUACCUUAUGCACACUGUAAAUUUCUAUAGUCCGAAGCCUAUAGUGUCUGAUAAGAUAGUUAACAUAGGUGUGCUACUGUCUCAUGCUAAUUCAGUAGUUAACCCCAUAGUAUAUGCGUUCAAGAUCCCAAAGAUAAAAAAGGCAUAUAAGAAGUUGUGGAUGAGCCUUUCUUGUGGAAGAAAACAGCAGCAGGCUGAAUAGAAUAGAGUAAUACAUUAUUAUAGCCUAUUAUAGCUAUUCCUAUACCUAUAUUAUUGUUACCUAACUGCAUAUUAUUGUUAUACAGCCUUUUAUAGCUAUUCCUAUACCUAUAUUAUUGUUACCUAACUGCAUAUUAUUGUUAUACAGCCUAUUAUAGUAUUCCUAUACCUAUAUUAUUGUUACCUAACUGUAUAUUAUUGUUAUACAGCCUAUUAUAGGUAUACCUAACAGACCUGCCAUAUUUUACAACCUAUUAGUUCUUCUGGAACCACUAUUAUACUAUGAAAUACCCUGAAUCUUUAUUUGGUUCUUGCAUGAGUGUCCUGGUUUUAAUUAAGCAUUUAACUAAGUGUUUAAUUAAGCAUCGAUUAAAUAUACAUACAUACUUUAAACAUGUAAAAAGUGUUCAUGCAAAUUAAUACAACAUGAACUGUUAUAUAUGCAUUUACAAAAUGUUCAUACACAUUUUCAAGACAUCAUUUGCCCUUUUUUUUAAGGGUAAUUCAUCAAAGACAAGGUGUGCCUAAUAAACUAGCAAAUCUGUAUAUUAUUAAUUAUAUCAAACAUAAAUUUGUGCUUUGCUAUAGUCUUGCUGGUCGUAAGCCUGUGACAUUGCAGUGUUAUCAUCUGCUCGAUCAGUAACACUGAUUUCUGAUUAAGGCAUUAAUACCUGAACAAUAUUCUAAAAAAUAAAUAUUCUAAUGAAUCUUUACCAAUGGACAAUAAUGCCUUAUGCUUGACUGAGAAAACCAAAUUCACAAAUGCACGUGGGACACUAUAAAAAUUUCCAUGCAUCAGUAACUACAAUUAUUAUAGUUUUCGGCAUUAUCAUACUAUUGUUAAAUUAUACUCAAAUGUUUGAAAAUCACAAAUAAAAUUAAAAAAAAUUAUACAGGUAGACUAAUAGACUUUAUUGAGCCUCUCAAAAUCAACUACAAUUGAAAUAAAUAUGAAAUGAUCACCAACAUCUUUACUGUUCAUAUUAAAUUAAUUACAUCAGUGUUUGUAUAUUAACAUUAAAAGACCAACACUACCAUAUGUGCAUAAAUUAACAAGGAAAAAAUGCAACACAAUAAUGUAAACAAAUGUUAAUUUUCUAAAUAAACUAAGUUCAUAUGUAGUCAUGUGCAGAAAAAUUAUUUAAGAUUGAAAUGUUAUGAUUACUGUUGGGUUUUAUACCAUACUAUAACAUUAAAACCUGUAGGUUAACAUCCUUCUUUUCAAAUGCACUCUUCAAUAGAUAUCUUUAACACUUUUGUUAUCCUAUUCAUAUUAGGUAUGACUUAGCAUUAUGUGCUAUUUUUAAGCAAAUGCACACCAUGUAUGCUUUUUGUUCACAGUCGGCAUUUGUUCAGUUUUUCCUUCUUUGAACUUUUCUGCUUUUCUCAAAGCUUCCCCUGUGUUCCGCUUAUUUAUUUAGCAAUUUAUUGAUCUUGAUGAGGAGACGCAGUUACAGUCUUUUGCCACCAGGGGGCCCCCGAACACCAUAGUGAUUUCACUGUGUAAUGGCAAAGGCACAAAGCUAUGAAACAGUCAGCAGUAUGAACACGGAUCUCUUUAUAAACUACCUU